UCACGUGACUGACAUUUAACUGGCCAACCGACAGCCAGUACCUGCCUAACCAAACUACAGUUUUGAGAAAUGGCUGACGAUAAAGAAGUGGAAAAAACUAUUGCAGAAGACUUGGUUGUAACCAAGUAUAAGUUAGCGGGACAAAUUGUCAAUCGUGUUUUGGAGCAAGUUAUUGCGAAAUGCUUACCAGACGCGUCUGCGCGUGAAAUAUGUGAAUUUGGAGACAAGUUGCUACUUGAAGAAACUUCCAAAGUCUUUAAAAAGGAAAAGGACUCAAAGAAAGGCAUAGCAUUUUCAACAUGUGUGUCCGUAAAUAAUUGUAUAUGCCAUUUUUCACCUAUACCCAGUGAAAAUGACUAUAUUCUGAAACAGGGAGACCUUGCUAAAAUUGACUUGGGUGCCCAUAUAGAUGGUUUCAUUGCUGUCGUAGCACACACAGUUGCAGUGGGUGGUGGUGAGGUCACUGGCCGCGCAGCAGAUGUUCUCCUUGCUGCCCAUUUGGCUAGUGAAGCCGCCUUGAGGCUGCUUAGACCUGGUAAUGAGAACUAUGCAGUAACAGAUGCUGUCCAAAAGAUAAGUGCUGAAUAUGCAUGUAAGCCAAUAGAAGGUAUGUUAUCACACCAACUAAAGCAGUUUCGUAUUGAUGGAGAAAAGAGCAUCAUUCAGAACCCAUCUGAGGCCCAACGAAAGGAACAUGAGAAGGCAACCUUUGAAACCUAUGAAGUUUAUGCCAUGGAUGUGCUUAUUUCAACUGGAGAAGGUGUUGGACGUGAAAUGGACACAAGAUGUACAAUAUACAAGAAAACUGAUGAAGUAUAUCAACUCAAAUUGAAAGCCUCAAGGAUGUUUUAUAGUGAGGUUAGAAAUAAACAUGGAUCAAUGCCUUUCAACCUACGUAGCUUCGAUAAAGAGACAAGUGCAAGACUUGGUGUCGUUGAGUGUGUUAACCAUAAACUCAUCGAGCCUUUCCAGGUGCUCUAUGAACGACCAGGUGAAAUUGUAGCACAGUUUAAAUUCACUGCUUUAUUGCUUCCGAGUGGAACACACCGCAUCACAGGACUCCCCUUCGACAAGAGUCAGUGUAAAACUGAACGCACCAUCAAGGACCCUGAGCUAAAUACUCUUCUGAACUCUUCUGCAAAAUCAAAUAAAAAGAAGAAAAAGAAAACUGGUGCUGAGGAACCAAUGGAAGUUGAAACAGCUGCCUAGCAACUGAAAUGACUAUUGCCUGAGGAAUCUUAAUAUAAUUCAGCAGCUUUCUAAAACCUCUCACAUGGACAAUAUUAUCUGACCACCCCAAACAGUGAUAAAAUUUAGCAAUAAAAGCUUACCCUUUUAAUAUAGCUUUCAAUGAGUGUUGUUACACUCAAGUGUUCAUUUGAGCUGUUAACAAAUUCAACAAGAGAUUGACAAUUAGCUACAAAAUUAUUGUUAAUGUUUAGAUGUUUAUGUACAAAACAACUUCAUUUUAAGUGUAAUUAUAUUGAAAACAAUAAACCAAUUUACAUAUUAUGUAGUAAAAUUUACAACCCAUCAUUAAAGGAACAUGUUACUUCCCAGCAGAAUUUAUGAUUAAGAAAUUAUCUGUAAAUACCAUCCAGGUUAAUUUCUUCUUAGUAUCACUUGACUCACAAAUUCAUGAAAGCAUAUUAUUGUAAAAUCUAGAAAGUUCCCCGUUGGUUUGAUUUGUAAAAAAAUGUGCACAAAUUAUUCCAAAUGCAUCAUUCAUCAGUACAAUUAGGUGCAAUUACUUUAGUAUUUACUGUUAUUUUGAUGUUUUCACUAUCUAUCAUUUCAUAAUCUAAUUAUAAAAUUAGGAUAAAUAAAUUUUUAAAUAAAUAUUUCAUUUCACAAAUAAACUAUGAGAACAUUUCAAAAUGACAGUGUGUCUGUAUGUUAUUAGCUCCAUAAAUUUUUUAGCAAUAUAUAUUCUAUAUAUCAGGAUAUCUGUACAUUUGAUGAAUAAUUGGAUAUUUAAAUACUUUGUUGCAAUAGAAAUAUUUAUGGAACUAAUAAUAGUCUAGUGAAGAUAUUGAAUGAGUGACAUUAAGAAAGGAAUAAAUUGAACUGCCUCAGAUUACUGUGGUCUGUUUUUGUAA